GCACUGUUGGCUAAGGACACUUGUGGCCAUGACUUGGACAACUAUAACAUGCCAUCAACAUGGCUUCUCGUGCCACAUAAGUACAGCUCUUUUGUCUAGCUGCAGUGCUAGUCCAGAGUUCUCAAAUCUGACGGGCGUUCAGCCAGCCCCUCCCUCACUGCCCGGCAGGCCCCUGCGGCUGAAAAAACACGGCAACCUGCUCUCUCUUAGAAAGAUAAAGCCACAAAGUCACCUUCUGUCAGAAGGAUACAAUUUUGUGACUCCGUAUUGAAUCAUGCCAUUUUACUAAAAUAAUUCCACAAACUAGCAUUGCUGUGGUCUUUUGAAAGCCAAAUGGGCAGAGUGCUUAUCUCAGCAGCAGGAAAGAGGGAAUAAGUACCAUACCUGUAAUUACCUAUAGCAGUGAUUCUCAAACUUCAGUGCACCAUGACCCACCCCCGCCUUCUGACAACAAAAAUUACUACACAACCCCAGGAGGGGGGGACCGAAGCCUGAGCGCACCACCCCGGGCUGGGGGUGUGGGGAGCAAAGCUGAAGCCCAAGGACUUCUGCCCUGGGCAGGAGGCAUGUAACCUUAGUCCCCCUUCCCAGGGCCAAAGCUUUGGCCCUGGGUGGUGGGGCUUGGGUUUGGGCUUCAGCCCUGGGUGGUGGGGCUUGGGCUUGGGCUUUGGCUUGGCCCUAGUCCCCAGCAAAUCUAACACCAGCUUUGGCCCCGACCCACAGUUUGAGAACCUCUGACCUGUAGCAUACACUAUAUAUAUAUAUAUGGCCCAGUUUUAUAAACCUUACUCACAUUGACUUCAGUGAGACUACUCAGGUGAGUAAGUACUAGUCAAUGGGAGUAAAAGGUCCAGCAUCUGGUCCAUACUGUAUGUCUUUGGAUUAAUACAGAGUUGAAAUGUUGAAUUCUUUUUAAACUCUUGAAGCUGGACUUCUGGACUUUAACAAUCUUCUCUGUGUUACUAGAGUGAAUAGUACAUGCUGCUAGUGUACUGCACCCUACUUAGGUUACUCUGCAGGGUUAACACUUUCCUUGCACAUUCUGUGUAUAUAUAAAAUAUCCCUCUCUAUAAUCACAGCAUUUUUUAUGGAACAGUCGAUGGGAAUUCAGGUGUUUGGAUGUUGUAAGCCACUGCCACUACGGUAUUGAUAUGCCAUUUGCUAUACCAGUUUUAUGGUUUCUUCCCCUGCAAUUUAACUGUCAAAUCUGCUUCAAUAAAGUUACAUGUUGUUAGAUUUCUUUGGAGUUGGUUUUUCCUUUUUUUUUCUGUUGAAAUUGCACAAUAAAUACAUUAUCACAAUGUGUAGACUUUUAAAGGCUAUGUAGGAGCCACAUUGCUUUGUCUCGCUCCACAACUUUGUACUCAUAUAUCUGGGUUUCAAAACCCAGCUCAGCAUCUUGGCAUUCAGUAUAACACAAGAACAUAAGAAUGGCCAUAUUGGUCCAUCUAGCCCAGUCUCCUGUAUUCUGACAGUAGCCAGUACCAGAUGGUUCAGACGGAAUGAACAGAACAGGGCAAUUUACUGAUGAGCCAUCUCCAGGUGUCCAGUCCCAGCUUGUGGCAGUCAAAGAUUUACGGACACCUGGAGCAUGGGGUUGUGUCCCUGAUGGGCCAUUGAUGGACCUAUUCUCCAUGAAUUUAUCUCAUUCUUUUUUUAAUCCAGUUAUACAUUUGGUCUUUACAAUGUCUCCCGGCAAUGAGUUCUGUAGGUUUACUGUGAGUUGUGUGAAGCAAUUCCCCAUCUUUGUUUUAAACCUGCUGCCUAUUAAUUUCAUUGGGUGAUUCCUGGUUCUAGUGUUAUGAGAAAAUAACACUUCCUUAUUCACUUUCUCCACACCAUUCAUGAUUUUAUAGACCUCUAUCAUAUCCUCCCUUAGUUGUCUCAUUUGUAAAAUGAACAGACCUAGUCUUUUUAAUCUCUCUUUAUAGGGAAGCUAUUCCAUACUCCUAAGCAUUUUUGUUGGCUAUUGCUGUACUUUUUCUGAUUCAAAUAUAACUUUUUUGAGAUGGGGGCUGCGUGCGGUAUUCAAAAUGUGGAUAUUCUGGGGAUUUAUACAGUUCUAGUGUGAUAUUUUCCAUCUUACUAGCUAUCCCUUAAUGGUUGCUAGCAUUCUGUUAACUUUUUUGACCGCUGGUCCACACUGAACUGAUGUUGUCCUAAUUUAGACCCCCAUCAAUUUUCUAUGUAUGGUUGGGAUUAUGUUUUCCAAUGUGCAUUGCUUUGCAUUUAGCAACGCUGAUUUUCAGCUGCCAUCUUGUUGCCCUGUCAUCCAGUUUGGUGAGAUCCCCUGGUAACUCUCUGCAGUCAGCUUUGCGCUUAACGAUCUUGAAUAAUUUUGUAGCGUCUGCAAACUUUGCCCCCUGACUGUCCACCCCUCUUCCCAAAUCCUUGCUAGGAACAGGUUGGUGAGGUGUGCGCGCCCUCAGCCUCCUGCCAUCCCCUGUGCCAGGCUGAGGCCUACGCCCAACCCUGAAGCCUGUGUGGGAGUAGCUCUGCGUCACGUGACGUAGCGGAGGCGCUCCUCCCGCCCACACGAGGCCCGCGGAGCGCUCCGGCUCCCCCUCCGCCCCGCCCAAUCGCUUUACAAAGGGGGCGUGGCCCGCUCAGGAAGUUCCGGGUCAGAGGGUGGCCGGGAGGCGGAAGCGGAAGCAGAGAGCAGCAUGUCGGCGAUCAGGGAGCUGGAGUCCGUGCGGGGCGGCCCCUUGUUCCGGCCCCUCAGCGCCGAGGACGAGGAGCAGCAGCCGGACGAGAUCGAGUCCCUCUGCAUGAGCUGCUACCGCAACGGGGUGACUCGGCUGCUGCUCACCAAGAUCCCCUUCUUCAAAGAGAUCAUCGUCAGCUCCUUUACCUGCGGCAGCUGCGCAUGGUCCAACACCGAGAUCCAGUCGGUGGGGCGGAUCCAGGAGCAGGGGGUGCGCUACACCCUCGCGGCUACUGCGCGGCAGGAUAUGAAUAGGGAAGUGGUGAAGACAGAUUGUGCCACGGCUAGAAUCCCAGAGCUAGACUUUGAAAUUCCUGCGUUUUCUCAGAAAGGAGCUCUUACCACUAUCGAGGGAAUAAUUGACAGAGCUGUCGCUGGCCUGGAACAGGAUCAGCCAGUCCGCAGGGCAGCAGACAAAGAUGUGGCAGGAAAAAUAGAUGAGUUUAUUGGCAAACUCAAGCAGCUGAAGGAAGUGGAUUCUUCUUUCACCUUUAUCAUAGACGACCCCUCAGGUAACAGCUUUGUGGAGAAUCCUCGUGCGCCGCAGAAAGAUGACGCUCUUGUGGUUACUCAUUACAGGAGGACUGCCCAACAGGAUGCUAUGCUUGGACUUGAGGUGGAGGAGACUGAUGAGAACCCAGCUGACUCUGUGGAAGAUCUGAGGAAUGAAGUGUUACAAUUCAACACAAACUGUCCUGAGUGUAACGCCCCAGCCAACACUAACAUGAAGCUAGUGCAAAUUCCACACUUCAAGGAAGUGAUCAUCAUGGCUACAAACUGCGAGGCCUGUGGGCACAGGACAAAUGAGGUUAAAUCUGGAGGAGCAAUAGAACCGCUGGGUACCAGGAUCACCCUUCGUGUUACAGACCCUUCAGACAUGACGAGAGAUCUACUAAAGUCAGAGACGUGUAGUGUGGAAAUUCCAGAGCUGGAAUUCGAGCUUGGCAUGGGAGCGCUGGGGGGAAAAUUCACUACUCUGGAGGGGCUGCUGAAAGAUAUCCGAAAUCUGGUUGUGAAAAACCCCUUCACUCUGGGGGACAGCUCCACUCCAAGCAGAGUGGAGAAGCUCCAAGAGUUUGGCAGAAAGGUAUAUCAGAUUAUGGAGGGUCACAUGGAGGCUCACUUCAUUCUGGAUGAUCCUGCAGGGAACAGCUACCUUCAGAACGUCUAUGCUCCAGAAGAAGAUCCAGAGCUAAAAGUGGAGCACUACGAGCGUACGUUUGCACAGAAUGAGGAUCUGGGCCUCAAUGACAUGCGAACUGAGGGCUAUGAAACUGGGCUGACCUCUGAGCGGUAGCAGCACACGGAGGGACAGAAAAGCCAAACUCUUUUCACUAAGUUAUUACUAAUUACAAUAGGGCUAAGGAGCUGCCCUGUCUUGCACUGGCAGCAAGCUUUUUCCUUUUGUUGGACAGCUGGAGGGUACACCUGCUUAACUUACUUUUUGGAAGUUGGCAGGUGGGCAGCCUUUAAGGUCAAAAGUUCUGAGUCUGUUAAUUGUUUUGGAGGUUUAUACUUGUAUAAAGAAAAAUGUAAACAACCUGUUUGCCUGGGUUUCAGUUGUGUUCUUUGUCUCCCUGCACACCUGUAAAUGCAUCAACUGGGAUCAGUCGAGCCCCUCCUUGAGCAGCUGUUGGCUCUGCAGCUAGUGGCUCCAGACUGAUGGUACACUUCUACUUUGAAAUGAAAACCACUCUCACUGUCUGUCUCUGUAAUCUGUUCCCAUGUAAAGUAUUAAACCAAGUGUUGCUUUUGCAUA